AUGAAUAUUAUUUAUAUUAUUAAAGAUGCAUCAAUCAGACGAGGUUCAUCAAGUGUUCAAAAGCUGGUAAAGGGAGAAAAAAUAACUGAUUUCGCGCACAGUUAUUUUUUCUUUAAAAGUAAUUUGAUUAAAACUUUGAAACUCCAACAUGAAUUUUUAUGGAAAAUGGAAUUUCAUAUAUCAGAGUUUUGUCGAAGUGAAGUAUUGAAACAAGGAAAAAACCGUACAUCAACUGUUGUUAACUUUAACGAAGGUGCAGUACGCUUAGUUCCAACGAUGUCUGAAGAUUCAUGCUAUAUUCAUGCAUCCAGAAUCAAUCUACCUUAUGGAAAUUUUAUCAUAGCACAAGGGCCAACACAGACAUCAUUAAUUGACUUCUUCCGCAUGCUCUGGCAGUACAGAAUACCUCUAGUGGUUUGUCUCGAUUCGCUUACUAAUCAAGACACUUGUUAUCGUUACUUCAGUACUAAACGACAACAAGCUGUUAAGGCAUCAGAUCGGAUUACCAUUGAAACAACUGGAAUAAUGGAGACAACUGUCCCAAAUUUGUUUAUUUAUGAGGCUGUCAUCACAAAUACUGAAAUAAAAUCCGGUUCAAAUCAUCGGAUCAUUCAUAUUGUGCAUUAUGAUAAAUGGGAAGGUGAAAAUACUAUAUCACCACAAGUUUUGGUCAAAAUAAUCACUAUCAUGAAAACAAUGAGCGACAAAUUUGAUCAGAAAUCGAUUGUAGUACACGGAAGUAACGGAAUCAAACGUUCAGUUGUUUACGUUCUCACUUCAGUAUUAAUGCAACAGAUUACAAAAUUCCGUCGUUUGUCUGUAUUGAGUGCACCAAUCGCAGUAUGUAAGCGACGAUAUGGUGCGUUACGAUCAGUAGAUGAUUAUCGCUUGGUACUUCAAUCAGCUUUAUGCUUCGCAAAGCAAUGUGAACUGAUUACUGAUAUGAAAAAAUAUGAGAACGCAAUGGAAGUAAGUAUUUACUCUCGAUCUAAAUUUGUUAAAAUGGAAAAUUAUCAUCCAAGACUUGACAGCAGAAGUUAUAUUCGAAUAUGUACUACAGAUAUUGGAGGCAAAGAAUGUGAACAAACGAUGACAAACUGUGUGAUAUGA